UGGGCGGGACCAAUGGGGGGGAGCGGCCUGGAGGGCUGAGGGAAGGGGUGAGCGGGGCGCUCGCUCAUCCUCUUCUUCGGCGGGGGCCGAGGUGGUGAGGCCGGCUGGAGCGCGCCGCAGCAGAGCCCGUGGUCGUCCCUCGAGCCAGCGAGGCUGCCGCCCGGUCUAGCAGUGGCUCCUAGCAACGGAGGGAGGGGCUAGGCGUUGCUAGGUAAUUGAUUCCAGCCCCUGGACCUGGCUUUGGCUGGUGGACACUGAGAUCCACUUAUAAAAUGCUUAUGAAAAAGAGAGAGAGGGAGAGAGAAGAUCUUGCCAGCCUGUUGCAGCACUAGCCACUUGGCUACCAUGGCAGCUCCCAGAAGGCUCAGAUGGGUCUAGAAUUGAAGAGCUCCAGGACUGUAUUCAAUGCAAAGACCGUAGCUCGCCGGUGAGGCCUGGCAGGAAUGUUCCAUCCGCUCCAGUGGAGGCCUCCCUCCAGCAUCUAUUCCUGUUACGCUAACUCCGCCCGCUUCAUCAGCUGCAAAGGGAAACUGGGCCCGUGGCCCAGCGAGAAGUCCCUGAAAGGCAGGUGCCAGUGGUUGCUCACCUGGCUGCAGAAAGGCUCCGAGAAAUGUCCGAAGCAGAAGAGCCUCCUUUCCCUGCUGGCCAACCAGUGCAGUUAUGUGACCGGCCAGAGGGUCUGGCGUGCCCAGCAGAUUGGACAGCUGUACGGUAACCUUUACUCCGAGCGGACACGCAAGAGCCUCUUCAGCUCCCUGUGGCGCAGGUUUCAGGGGCGUCACGCGAAUGCCUGCAAACUGAUGGCAGCCCUCACCGGCGUGUUCUUGUGGGAGGAGGAGAGGAUCAAGGAGGAGGAGCUGAGCAGGUCUGCAGAGGAGAUGAAGCGCAUGGAAGAAAUCGCCAGUUUGUUUCAGGGCGACGAAGGGGAGAGCCAGACCCAGGGGCAGCUGCAGCCCCUCAAGGAUGUGGCCCUCAGUCCUGAAGAGCGGUCCUGGGAGAGUGUGAUGGACAAGAAGCACUUCAAGCUGUGGAGGCGCCCCAUUGGAGGGACCCACCUGUACCAGUACCGAGUCUUUGGGACAUACACAGACGUGACCCCACGACAGUUCUUCAAUGUGCAGCUAGAUACUGAAUACCGGAAAAAAUGGGACUCGCUAGUCAUCAAGCUGGAGGUGAUUGAGAGAGACCAGGCCACAGGGUCAGAGGUGAUCCACUGGGUCACCCACUUUCCAUAUCCGAUGUACUCACGAGACUACGUGUAUGUUCGGCGAUAUAAUGUGGACCGAGAGAACAAUCUGAUGGUCCUGGUGUCACGAGCGGUUGACCACCCGAGUGUCCCAGAAGACCCAGAAUUUGUCCGUGUCCGAACCUAUGAGUCCCAGAUGGUUAUUCGCCCUCAUAAGACAUUUGAUGAGAACGGCUUUGACUACCUGCUAACGUACAGCGACAACCCGCAGACGGUGUUCCCUCGUUACUGUGUCAGCUGGAUGGUCUCCAGCGGCAUGCCAGACUUCCUGGAGAAGCUGCACAUGGCAGCACUGAAAGCCAAGAACAUGGAAAUCGAGGUGCGCGACUACAUCUCCUGUGCCAGGCCCCUGGAGAGUGCCGCCAGCAGCAGCGGCAGCAGCGAGGGGAAGGCCAGUGUGGCCAGCCAGGAGCAUAAGGGCGAAGGGACCUGCACCCCUAUUCAGAUAGACUAUGCUUAAAGGAGAGCAUUUCCUCUCCAGAGCUGGCAGCCCCAGCCUCUUGCGUGUGUGCUUGCAGGCGGGGAAGGCCAAGAAGGAAGGCUGCUGGGGCGUUGGGUUGCCCUUGGGACCCCCAUUCAGCUGUUCUCCUGCCUCCGGGCUCCUCUCUCUGCCUCCCUCCCACCCCACUGCUUCCCCUUCUUGUACUGUUUUGGAAAAAGGCAAUGAUGUUGGCUGUUUCAAAAUUGUGGGUAAUUUUGAAAAUCAGUCUUAUGCCGUCACUUCUGUACUGGUGAUCUUCUUUCCCAGCAGGGGUACUCCGGAGCAACCUGGGAAGGGGUGGGCAGAAUCUCCCCCUCUCUCCUGUGACUGUGUUUGGUGCUGCCUAGAUGCCUUUGUGGGGAGCUGGGGGCCUGUGAAAUCGCAAGGCCCCCGCAGCCUUUCACGCCUUGUACAUACUGUGGCAUCCGAGACGCUGGCAUGUUGCGUGAAGCCAGUCGCAAAGACAGGCGCUCCUUGUCUGGCCCAACUGCUGUGUGCCACCCGUGCAGGGGAAUCUCUGCUGCCAACGUGCCUUUUCCCUCUGGCACUGCUGUUGACAGCCUUGGAGAGUGCUGCAGUCCGGUACCAGGCCGAGUGGAGGCAUCUCUCUGCUUCCUAGCGCCAGUCCUGUGAAGGAAGGUCUUUUGUGCAUAUCUGUCCCCCCCCCCACACACACACCCCUUGUUUCUUUUUGGCUUGGUGACAUUCAGCCAUGACUGGCUUAAUUUCUCAGAGCUGUGGUUGGGAAUUAAACUCUCUGCUGGUCAACCAGUGCAGUACACACACUGACUUCAUUGUCCUUGGUGUUUUGGAGGGGAAGACCCGCUCCGACUGGCUGUGAUUCAAAAUGUGACUCUACGGUGCCUGCCUCCACUUCAUGCCGGUCAGUCUAGCAGCUCUCCUCACGCUGUGGAUUCAGAGAGGCUCCGGUUGCCUGCAGGGAGUGAGGGGGAUUGAAUUUCUUUUGGGAGAUCCAUGGAAGGAAUGGCACAGAGGCCAGACGUGAACAGCUGCUUACUUUUCAAAGGGGGGGGGAGAGUUCAAGCACAGUGCAUGGAUCCAUCCAUCCUAGCUAAUCUAGCAUUUUUAGAUCAUAGUCUUGGUCUCGUCUUCACCCGUAACCUGGAAUGUACUAAUUGGCGAGAUCCCGCCAAGCUCACCAUUACAGUGCCCUAGACUUGUGCGGGUGGGGGAAGACCCACUUAACAGAGUGCCUGUACAGCAAAGGAGGGUGGUCUGUCUCCUCAAAUAUCUACCAGUAUAUGCAGCGCACAUCGUGGAAGUUUGCGUGGGGCUACUUUGACAUGUGUCCUGGGCCGUCCACAGGUUCUGCUUGCUAGGCUGUCCUCUAAUAAUGCCAAGUAGACUGUUGGCAGUGUGGGGAAACUCUAUGUGAGGUUUCAUCUUGGAUAUAAAUAUCUGUGCCAGUGAAAUGUUGGGUGCUUGCCUGCACCCUCUUCUCCCCCACCCCCACCCCCUGCAUUUUUAAGCAUGUGAUAUUUUAAAAAUCAAAGUCCAGGCUGGGCUGUGUAGAUGAGCACUAAAACAAGGAAGCGGGUUUCAGGGAGCAGCUUCUUGGGGGGCAGAUGUGGCAGAUUUGUGCCUGAAGACCCCUUGGGCUGGGCUCUGCCUGUGGCCAGCCAGGCCCCCUAACACAACUACUGCUGGGUUUCCUUGUGCUUUACUUGGCUAGUGUUUUUAUGAGAACCUAAGCACCAAUAAAUGUAACGGAUUGGUA